AUGGCAACCAAGAAUCUUCUGCCCGAAUUCAGUCUCGCCGGUAAAGUCAUUGUGGUCUCCGGCGGUGCCCGCGGUCUCGGGCUCACGCAGGCCGAGGCCCUGAUCGAAGCCGGCGCAGAUGUGCACGCCCUCGACGUGCUCGCCACCCCUUCCACCGAGUUCGCCCAGGUCGCCGCCCGCGCAAAGGAACUCGGACGAAGCCUCACGUACCACCAAGUGGACGUGCGAGACACGGAGGCGCUUCAGAACACCAUCUUCAAGCUCGCGGAGCCCGCCGGGAUCCACGGACUCAUCGCGGCGGCGGGGAUCAUGCAGGAGACGCCGGCGCUCGAGUAUACCGCGGUCGAUGUGACGCGCAUGCUGGACAUCAACGUCACCGGCGUGUUCAUGACGGCUCAGGCGGUGGCUAAGGCCAUGUUGAAGGCCGGCACGAAGGGGAGCAUGUGCUUGAUCGCUAGUAUGAGUGGGACGGUUGCCAAUAGGGGUCUGGCCUGCCCGGCGUACAACACGUCGAAGGGAGCGGUGAAGCAGCUGGCUAAGAACCUGGCGUCUGAGUGGGCGCAGUACGGCAUCCGCGUCAACUCUCUUAGCCCGGGAUACAUCGCCACGGACAUGGUGGUGAACCUGUUCACCAAGUUCCCCGAGCGAGAAGCGGAGUGGGCAGGACAGAACAUGAUGCAGAGAUUGAGCUCGCCUAAAGAGUUCAGAGGUGCGGCUGUGUUCCUGAUGUCUGAGGCCAGCUCGUUCAUGACUGGCUCGGAUCUGAUCAUCGAUGGCGGGCAUACGGCGUGGUGA